UAUUCUUAUUACAGUCUGUACCUACAUCUGACAACAGCAAUUUCAUAAACAUUCAAGAAACAACAACGUUAACUUUAAAUAAUAGCAAAAUGAAUCCAACUAUGUUACUUUGUGUUAUUGUUCUCAUUGUUUCAGUAAUUUGUGUUCAAGGUACACCAGCAGACUUAGAACUAAGUGAAUUGCCACAGCCAGUAGCUCCAGUUCGCGGAGGACGUCAACGUCGUCUUACUUGCGAGUCACCAAUUCAUUCAAUAAAUCGAAUUGCUUGUUCCGGUCAUUGUUUGGCCAUAGGUGGUGGCCGACGUGGAGGAGUUUGCAUUAGGCGUAUUUGUCACUGCACAUUUUAAAUAUUUUUCAUGAAAAUAUAAUUAUUUUUUAAUGUGUAUUUACCAUUUAUGCAACUUGUAUGUGAAAAACCUUUGAUUAAUAUUUGAUAAGCACAAAGUAUAAUAAAUAAAUACUUCAGAAGGUCGUAAGUGGCUAUAUAGUUACAA